AUGAGCAUGAACUGCUUCAGCUCGCGCGCCGCUGUGGAGGCCGAGUCGGAGCUCGAGGCCGCGUCCAAACUGAAGUCGGACAGCAAGCGCGACCGCGUGCAGCAGGCCAUCAAGGACACGCGGGCGGACAAGGCGCUUGAGAUGGAGACGCACCUGCAGUGGCUCCUGCAGCAGAAGGCGCGACUGGAGCUACAGCUCAACUCGGUGGACAAGCAGCUGGAGGAGAAGAGGAUGCGGCUCACGGAGAGAGCAGCUUAG